CCCCCCCCCCCCUCCCAACAGUCCGAUGUCUGCUCUGAGGCCAGGUUCCUCCCCGGCGCACCACAUCUGGAUCCUGCUGGCCGUGGCGCACCUGGCGGUGGACCUCUCCGCCUGCAGCCCCCUCAGCCCGGCCCUGGGGCUCAAGCUCCAGCACAAAGCGGCGCCCCGCUCCCGGCCCCACUGGCAGCCCCUCUGGGACACCCCCAACAUGCUCCACUGGAGGACUGUGAGCCCCCUGGCCCGGCGGCUGCUCAGCCCCGUCUCCCCGCCCCACGACGGCAGGGCCGGCCUGGGCUCCAAGGUCAGGGUUCAGAGGCAUCGAAAACCGCUACGCCGUCUGGGCCCGGCGGAGUGUAAGGACUGCGAUUGGAUAUACUCUCAGGCUGCCGAUUCGCCGGUGCCGUUGGGCGGCGCUGCCGUCGCCGCCGCCGCCGCAGUUGCGUUGUCCCGCGGCGGCAAGCGGGACAACGGGAGGUUGUCGCCGCGGAUGAGGAGGCAGCUCAUGUGGGAAAGUCCAGACAAUGUGCCGGAGGGCUGGACCACCACCCAGGCAGGAUUUAUCGACUGGGGACCCACGGGGCCACCGGUCGAUACCCCGGACGAGGAAGGCAAACCCGGGCCCAACUUGACCCUGUCCACCAAGGCCUUGAGCACCACCACGGUGGCCAGCACCACCACCUCCAGUACCACCAAGGUUCCCAUUUGGACUAGCCCCGUGGCGACCACGCCGCAGAGCAAGAAGCAGAACACCACCAAGGCGGCGGUCAGCUUGGGCGAUACCAAACCACCAAAGCCAUACGGGGAAACACCAGGUAAGCGUGUGUAGAUAAUGUUUCAGCAGUUCACAAAAUGCGGGGUCCGAGUUAAUACAAGAGUUUAAGGCGGAUGGAUUCAGUUGCAGUUAUUGGGGAAGCAUAAUCAGUUAAUGAUUUGUGGCAGCCUUCCGCUAUUUUAUGAGAAGUUGAGUUCACUCACCUUGGCUUCCCAGAGUCAUCUCGUUGCCCCUGCAGUUAGAACUCAUCCCUAGGGGGACAAGGGUUUUUCCCCUAUUCCCAAAGAGUCUUCCCCAAGGUUUGUCGGUUGAAACGCCUGUCAGUUGUUUUUCUCUUUAGUCUGGGAUUUAUGCCACCUUUCCUGGUUUCCUGUUGUUCGCGGAACCCUUCAUUUCUAAUGCAAAGCAUCAUUAUCUUAUCAUCUGCAUGUCAGAAACCCUGAGCAGAAAAACGUGUUCCAUUAUAACUAAAAGACAGAAAAAAGACAGAUAGCUAACAGAGCAUGCCAUUUUCUUCCAUUGGGCUUUGUGACCGAGGUAGGAUUCAAUAUUUGCACAAUGUCAAAUCACGGCUUUAUUAACUUAUGUUAUAAGACCGUAUCAUUCUGGAAUAAGGAUACCCAAGUUCAUUACCCAGGGGCCAUGAUAGUUUGACAGGUAAUUAUAAUUUUGCCAGUACCAAAAUACACUAAAGAAGAAAAACAAACCCCUCCCGUCCAAUCUCAGGCACGCUUCCAAUGUACCAGGACUAUUUUGAGUUCAUUUUCGUAAAGUGGCAUACGGAGGCAAACCCAUAAUACAGUACAUCCUUGGACACGUUAAGGCUUUCAACAGUGUGACACAUGUGGUUGAAAUACGCAGCACUAACUAGGAUUUACAGUUUCAUUAAGUCGAUGGGAAGGGCGGCUUCCUAAACGACCCGUGCCGACAUCCAUAAAGGCCUCAGUCAUGUUUAACGGUGUAUGGGAUUGCAUCGUGCCCAGUGGCUCUUAUCUCAUAAAUGUUAUACAAUUAGAGCAUGAAGUGUGGAGGACAAUUAGGGGUCUUCUGCGAGCCACAAGAAGAACCACUUAAACCAGUACCACGCAAAACAUCUUCAGUUAGUGACUGCCCCACAAGGUACUGCAGACCACUCUCCAUCCUCAGCCUCAGUCCCCCACCCUGCAGCUUGAGUGCAUCUCCACUGCAAAGGGGGAAAGAUAGAUAGAGAUAUUGCGUUGAUAUUUCUGAACACGUAUGUAUGAGAAAGAAAUCCACUACAGCCGAUACUUUAACAAUCUAUGUUCUCUUUCAAAUUAAAAAAUAUGGGGAGAUCUGUACCCAAACACCCGCUGUUUGUCACUACACCGUUUAAAAAACAAAAAUGUACGAACUAUUGUUGAAAUCUGUGCUGCAUGUCUUUAAUAACCUGGGACAACACACAGCCUGCCAAGCAAUACGUAGUUUGGGUGUUUAAUCUUCAUUAUGGUUAAUGCUCGUUUGGGCUCUUCAUCUGGUCUACUCAACAGAACAAGUGCACUCACUCUCACAAUCUGGCUGCUUUCAUAUCCAGAGUUGGCCGACUCCUCAGUGAGCUGAUUGUUUAUCAAUAAGUUGAUUUUGAAAAGGGCCAUGUCUUCACUGAGCAGCGUUUGCUAAAUGAACUUAGCACAGCUAAAUUAAUUCACUUCAACUGUGCUCAGAGUAUGACUGAACGAAAGGUUAAGUAAGCAUGCCAAUUUUUCGACUGAGAAAGUUUUGACGCAAAUCGUUUGUAGACAUGAAGGCCAGACAAACAUUUGACGAGAUAGGAUUAAUGAUGUUCUGUGAAGCGUGCUGAUGAUGUGAUGGAGGCAGGCCCCUGAGGUUUGAGUUUUUAGCUUUUUUCGUUGUUGUGCUGUCAGUGUUGUCUGGCAGUUAUUUGGUUUGUAAUGAUGUAAUACCUUCGGUUGGGUCAAUGUAUCCGUCCUUUCAAGGGUUCAGAAUAUUGUUGAAUCAAAUGUUGAAAUGUUCUGGCCGUUUGUGAAAUAUCACAUCAUUUGGUCAAAAUGCAGCGAAGCAUAGCUGCCAUGAAUGAAAGGCUGCAUGUCUGUAGAGAUAACAGCUGAGCAUUGAUUGGCCGAUAUUACUUUUGGCCAUGGUUCUCGAUUUCAAAGCCCAAACCGCAGAGUGCAACUGAACCAGUGUGUUUCACAAUAAAAGCACAGCUAUGCCAAAUGCAAAUCACCACAGCUGAAUGCUUUCAAUUUCAUGUCCAAUAGGACAUGUACAAUUCACCAAAACAGAAUGUUGUCCUUUUGUAAAGGUGUAAUACAAUAAUGGUGUGCUUGUGUAUUUGUUUGUCUGUGUGUGUGGGUGUGUUAGAGCAUGCACAGGUGUGUGUGUGAGUGUGUGCGUGCAUGUGUGUGUGUGUGUGUGUGUGUGUGUGUGUGUGUGUGUGUGUGUGUGUGUGUGUGUGUGUGUGUGUGUGUGUGCGCGUUUUCGUACUUUCUGACUCUUGACGGAGAUGUGCAGCAGAUUUAGGAUGUAUAAUUUAUAUCGAACAAGGCCCAUCUAUCCUCCCUGGGCUCACCCUCACUUGGAUUUCCAGCACAGAUAUCGAGGUUGGAAAUUUCAAAGUCUGGUUGAGACGUAUGGGUCUUCAUAGAUCACAUACAGUGUGCCGUCAAAACGCAGUUAACUGCAACACAGCAUUCACGUUUUUUGUUAAUUUACAGUUCAAAAUGUGGUUUCAUGUGACUGAUUAGGCAAGGUUAGUUAUCUGUGACUUAUCGCUUGGAGAGGUUGAUGAAAGGACAAACUGAACAACAAACAUGAUAAAAUACACAGUAAGAAAAACACUAAUGAUAGCUACUGACAGCUGACUGAAUCUCUCCAGUAGUUCCUAAUGCAAUGCAUAAAAAGUCAAAGAGUCAAAACCAGAAGUCUAACGAUAUAUUUCACUCAUAUUUGAAACGGUGAUGCCAUAUUGUCAUUUACCCCUGAAGAGGUUAUUCUAGCAUUUAUUUGAUUUGACAGGGAGCUUGAGUGAGAGGCCACAAGAUUGGUUUUGAUUUCAAAGAUUUCUUUCUCUUUAGAAUAUGGCUAAGCUAAACUAAGUUUAGGCCUAUGCAAUAGAAAUACCCAAAUGGGUUCACUCAAGUCCAUGUGGUUGGUAUUUCUGGUCAUAUUUUAAAUAUAUAUACUUCCCCUUCAUGGAUAUUUACCCCUCCUUUAUCUAUGUCAAUCUCCCCAUCUGUCUGUCGAUCCUAAUGGAGGAUUAACAACAAUGUACUUUGGGAUAUGUGUGCAUGCAUUUGUGUGUGUGUGUGUGUGUGUGUGUGUGUGUGUGUGUGUGUGUGUGUGUGUGUGUGUGUGUGUGUGUGUGUGUGUGUGUGUGUGUGUGUGUGUGUGUGUGUGUGUGUGUGUGUGUGUCUUUGU